AUGUGGCAUAAGAAUGGGCGUGGUAGGGACGUGACAUUUCUUAUAUUCAAAUCAAAAUGGUUUGAUGCGAGAACUGUUAGUGUUAGGUGGCCACUGGUCGUAGCUUGGUCAGCUGCAAGGAUUUGGUAUUUUGUUCGUUGUGGAUUUCAAGAAAAACAGCAGAAAGAAGUGGACGAUAGAGAGAUCGGAGCAAUGGUCCUGGGUGGUCUUAUGAAGGGCGAGCCGCUGGUGGCGAAGCUGGCGGCAGCGGCCAAGUACGGCGUCCUUCCGGCAGCCAUGAUCGCCGCCCUCGUUUACUCCCCGCCCGAUUUUGUUUCGACCAAAAAACCGGCUAAUUCAGGAUCCUAA